AUGGGCAGCCAGGGCCGCUCAGGCUCCCCCGGGGACGGCGGGCCGGGCGAGGGCGAGGCCGGGGAGGCGCGGAAGCCGCAGGAAGGCAGGGCCGCGAGGGAGAAGCGGAGGAAGGGGAAGGCGAGAGCGGGCGGCGGGCCGGGCGGAAGAGGAAGCGGCGCGGAGGGGAAGCCGGCGCCGCGGGACGCGCAGGCGGCGGCGGCGGCGGGGCCGGGAGCGAGCGCAGGCCCGGGGGCGGCAGCGGCGGGCGGCGGCCGCGAGGAGGCCGGAGCGGGCAGGGCCCUGAGGGGCGCGGAGCGGAGCGCAGGGCCGGGCGAGGAGGCCGCGGGAAGGGACGAUGGGCCGGAGCGGGGGCUCAGGGCGGGGCGGCGCGAGGACGCGGGGCCGGAGGGAGCGCAGGGGCCCCGGGGAGAGGCCGGGGGCCGCCUCGCGGGGGCCGGGGCGGAGGCCGAGGAGGAGGAGGAGGCGGCCGGCCGCCCCGCCGCGGGGCCCGCGCUCUGGCGCCUGCCCGAGGAGCUGCUGCUGCUCAUCUGCUCCUACCUGGACGCGCGCGCGCUCGGCCGCCUGGCGCAGGUGUGCCGCUGGCUGCGCCGCUUCACCGGCUGCGACCUGCUGUGGCGCCGCAUCGCGCGGGCCUCCCUCAACUCCGGCUUCACGCGGCUCGGCACCGACCUGAUGGCCAGUAUACCAGUAAAAGAACGAGUGAAGGUGUCUCAAAACUGGAGGUUGGGGCGCUGCCGAGAGGGAAUUCUGUUGAAGUGGAGAUGCAGUCAGAUGCCCUGGAUGCAGCUAGAGGGUGAUUCUCUGUACAUAUCCCAGGCUAAUUUCAUCCUGGCCUAUAAGUUCCGCCCAGAUGGUGCCAGCUUGAACCGUCGGCCCCUGGGAGUCUUUGCUGGGCAUGAUGAGGACGUUUGCCACUUUGUGUUGGCCAACUCACAUAUUAUCAGUGCAGGAGGAGAUGGAAAGAUUGGUGUUCAUAAGAUUCAUAGCACCUUCACCGUCAAGUACGCAGCUCAUGAGCAGGAGGUGAACUGUGUGGAUUGCAAAGGGGGCAUCAUUGUGAGUGGCUCCAGGGACAGAACGGCCAAGGUAUGGUCUUUGGCCUCAGGCCGGCUUGGGCAGUGCUUACACACCAUCCAGACUGAAGAUCGAGUCUGGUCCAUUGCUAUCAGCCCAUUACUCAGCUCUUUUGUGACUGGGACGGCUUGUUGUGGGCACUUCUCACCUCUAAGAAUCUGGGACCUCAACAGUGGGCAGUUGAUGACACACCUGGGCAGUGACUUUCCCCCAGGGGCUGGGGUACUGGACCUCAUGUAUGAGUCCCCUUUCACGCUCCUGACCUGUGGCUAUGACACCUACAUUCGAUACUGGGACCUCCGAGCCAGUGUCAGGAAGUGUGUCAUGGAGUGGGAGGAGCCCCACGACAGCACCCUGUACUGCUUGCAGACGGAUGGGAACCACUUGCUGGCCACAGGUUCCUCCUACUACGGGGUUGUACGCCUGUGGGACCGGCGCCAGAGAGCCUGCCUACACGCCUUCCCGCUGACGUCAACACCCCUGAGCAGCCCGGUGUACUGCCUGCGCUUCACCACCAAGCAUCUCUAUGCGGCGCUGUCUUACAACCUUCAUGUCCUGGACUUUCAAAACCCGUGA